CAGGGGAAACCGGGGAAAAUGGCGGGAGCGUUGUUUGGGAGCUUCGCCAUAACCGCCUGUGCGAAAGAUGGCGGCAGUAGUAGUAAGGAGGAUGAUAAAUUGAAGGGGUCGAAGGUCUUGGUUCUGGGCGGGGCGGGUCGAGUCGGGGGUUCGACCGCCGUUGCUCUUUCCAAGCUCUCCCCUAAUCUUUCUAUCGCCGUCGGCGAUCGGAACAGGGAAAAGGGUGCAGCGAUGGUGGCUACUCUGGGGAGGAAUUCUUCUUUAGUGGAGGUGGAUUUUGAAAAUGUGGAGUCACUGGAAGCAGCUUUGGAUGGAGCGGAUCUUGUAGUUCAUACUGCUGGACCUUUUCAGCAGACUGACAAAUGCGCUGUGCUUGAAGCUGCUAUAGAGACCAAGACAGCAUAUGUGGAUGUUUGUGAUGACACAAAUUUUGCGUUGCGAGCAAAGUCAUUCAAGGAUAAGGCCGUAGCUGCAGGGAUUCCUGCAAUAACAGCUGGUGGAAUCUAUCCAGGAGUGAGCAAUUUGAUGGCGGCAGAGCUAGUUCGAGUCGCAACAAGUGAGAGUGAGAGAGAGCCUAAGAGCCUCAGGUUUUACUACUAUACAGCGGGCAGCGGUGGAGCUGGCCCGACUGUUUUGGCCACUAGCUUCUUACUUUUAGGUGAAGAUGUUGUUGCUUAUAAUAAAGGAGAAAAGGUCAAGUUAAAGCCGUUUAGUGGGAUGGUCAACGUUGAUUUCGGGAAGGGGAUUGGAAGCAGAGAUGUUUACCUGCUGAAUUUACCUGAGGUACAUAGUGCUCAUGAGAUCUUGAGAAUACCAACAGUCAGUGCUCGAUUUGGAACCGCUCCUUUCUUCUGGAACUGGGGCAUGGAAGUCAUGGCAAAUCUUCUUCCUCAGGAAUUCCUGAAAGACAGAAGCAAAGUGGGUGCAAUGGUACAGUUGUUUGAUCCUCUUGUGCGAGCAGUAGAUGGUUUUGCCGGAGAACGUGUUGCAAUGAGGAUUGACCUGAAGUGUACAGACGGGCGAGAUACUGUUGGCUUGUUUAGUCACAAGAGCCUCUCACAAUGCGUUGGUACUGCAACUGCUGCUUUCGCCUUAGCAGUCCUCGAGGGAAGCACACAGCCUGGAGUUUGGUUCCCAGAAGAGCCCGAAGGAAUUGCAGUGGAGGCAAGGCAGAUUCUGCUGGAACGAGCCUCUCAAGGCACCAUUAAUUUCGUGAUGAACAAGCCGCCAUGGAUGGUGGAAACUAAGCCUAAAGAGCUCGGAUUGGGAAUCUACGUGUGAACAUAGUGAUAAAGAGCUGUUCCUAUAUAUGUCGAGCAAAAUUUUUGUAAUGUUAAUUAAGAAUUUUCCCAUUUAUAAUUAAGUAAAGUUGGUAAACUAAUGAGUGAUUUUCCUAAUCCUCCAUGGAAGCGGAUAGACACAAUUAAUGUUCCUUCACCAGUCCGAAUAAGGAAAGGUAACAAUCAUACAGAGUAUAAAAGAGUCACUCGAUCACCUGAUUCUCUUCUGUUGAGAAAAACAAUGGAGGCCGGCAGCAACCGCCGUGUGCCGGCGUGGGAGAAGCGGUUCUGCUUGGUGGUGGGGAGGAUGUGGUGGAGCGAUUUCUUGCGCCGCAAGAAACACGUUGCUUGCCGGGGAAGCAGCAAGCGCGUCGACAGGGUCGUGCGGUGGGACGAUUCGGCAGGGUACGAGUGCUCCCGGGACGCCAAGGCGCGUUUCUAUGCGAAGAAUUACUCCGGUCGUCGGUGCCGGGGGAUUCCGCCGGCGGCGGCCCCGCUUGGGCCGGACCUGUACGUCGACGACGUCGUGUGGAGGGCCCCCGACGACGACGACUGGGAGCUGCGGCGGCUCGUGGCGGAAGCGGAGGAAGCGCAGGAGAGAGCGGCGGAAUUAGCGGCGGCGAGGAGUGAUUGUGUCCUUUGUUAUUCGUGGGAGAUCCCGCUGGAGGAGGUAAAGGCGACGGGGUGGGACGAUUCGUGGCGGAAUCCGAAUUUGGCCGGGAUGGUCGUCGGCGGCAGCAACGUUGAUGGUUCAAACUUCAAAGGGGAAGAGAAGUUGUAGGGAAAGAGAA